AUGAAAAAGCCCGAGGCGCUAGAACUUCUCCAACGAAAAGUUGGACUGCCAGCGGAAACCCCUGAUAUUCUAAAGUUGGCGGAAGAACUAGAGUUCAUGCCACUAGCGAUCAUACAGGCGGCCGGCUACAUCGUACAUCGAGCGCCUCGCUGUUCUGUCUCCCGGUACCUAGAAAUAUUUCGGAAAAGUGAUCGCGAAGCGACAAAGCUUCUUGAUUAUGAGGCUGGUCAUCUCUAUCGAGAUUGGGAGGCAAAGAAUUCGAUUCUGGUUACGUGGCAAAUAUCCUUCGACCAUAUUCGACGAAUAAGACCGUCGGCCGCUGAUUUGCUCUCUCUCAUGAGCUUUUUUGACCGACAGGGAGUCUCAGAGGAUCUUCUCCGAGUUCAAUGCGACGUCAAAACCGACGAUUCGAGCUCGGAGGAGAUUACGUUGGAGCACAUUGACGAGGAUACGGAUAGCACGUCUGAAUCUAAGACGGAUUAUAAUUUUGAGGAUGAUAUCACAACAUUAAGAGACUUUUCAUUUAUCUCUAUCAAUAAGGACAACACAGUGUUCACAAUGCAUCGGCUGGUGCAACUUACUGUGCGUGUGUGGCUGAAAACUGGCGGACAGCUGGAGCGAUGGAAGGAGCAAUUUAUCAUGAUCCUGUGCCAAAGGUUUCCGACAGGUGAAUAUGAAAACUGGGCACAGUGCCAGUCGCUCUUUCCACAUGUGAAAUCAGCCAUGUCACAACGACCAGAAUCAGAAGACUCACGAAGAAAAUGGGCUACACUGCUUUACAAAGGGGCAUGGUAUGCGCAGGGGAGCGGAAAUAUUGCGGAAUCAAUGGAUAUGGCAUCUAAAUCGCGGAAGCAAAGGGUAUUAAUGUUUGGCUCGGAGGGUGAACAGACCCUCGAUAGCUCUGAGAUGUUAGCCGGCGCACACCGACAGCUGGGGCGGUGGGAAGAGGCAGAGCAGCUUGAUGUGCAGGUCAUGGAGACUCGCAAGACGAAGCUCGGCGCCGACCAUCCCUCGACGCUGACGAGUAUGGCCAAUCUGGCGUCGACGUAUAGGAACCAGGGCCGGUGGGAAGAGGCGGAGCAGCUCGAGGUGCAGGUCAUGGAGACUCGCAAGACGAAGCUCGGCGCCGACCAUCCCUCGACGCUGACGAGUAUAGCCAAUCUGGCGUCGACGUUCUGGAACCAGGGCCGGUGGGAAGAGGCGGAGCCGCUCUUUGUGCAGGUCAUGGAGACAAGCAAGACAAAGCUCGGUGCCGACCAUCCUGAGACGCUGACGAGUAUGGCCAAUCUGGCGUCGACGUAUAGGAUACAGGGCCGGUGGGAAGAAGCGGAGCAGCUCUUUGUGCAGGUCAUGGAGACGAGCAAGACGAAGCUCGGCGCCGACCAUCCUGACACGCUGACGAGUAUAGCCAAUCUGGCGUUGACGUAUAUGAACCAGGGCCGGUGGGAAGAGGCGGAGCAGCUCGAGGUGCAGGUCAUGGAGACUCGCAAGACGAAGCUCGGCGCCGACCAUCCUAAUACGCUGACGAGUAUGGCCAAUCUGGCGUCGACGUAUAGGAACCAGGGUCGGUGGGAAGAGGCGGAGCAGCUCGAGGUGCAGGUCAUGGAGACUCGCAAGACGAAGCUCGGCGCCGACCAUCCUGAUACGCUUAUAAGUAUGGGUAAUCUAGCGUCGACGUUCUGGAACCAGGGCCGGUGGGAAGAGGCGGAGCAGCUCGAGGUGCAGGUCAUGGAGACGAGCAAGACGAAGCUCGGCGCCGACCAUCCCUCGACGCUGACAAGUAUGGCCAAUCUGGCGUUGACGUUCUGGAACCAGGGCCGGUGGAAAGAGGCGGAGCAGCUCGAGGUGCAGGUCAUGGAGACUCGCAAGACGAAGCUCGGCGCCGACCAUCCUGACACGCUGACGAGUAUAGCCAAUCUGGCGUUGACGUAUAUGAACCAGGGCCGGUGGGAAGAGGCGGAGCAGCUCUUUGUGCAGGUCAUGGAGACUCGCAAGACGAAGCUCGGCGCCGACCAUCCCUCGACGCUGACGAGUAUAGCCAAUCUGGCGUCGACGUUCUGGAACCAGGGCCGGUGGGAAGAGGCGGAGCCGCUCUUUGUGCAGGUCAUGGAGACAAGCAAGACAAAGCUCGGUGCCGACCAUCCUGAGACGCUGACGAGUAUGGCCAAUCUGGCGUCGACGUAUAGGAUACAGGGCCGGUGGGAAGAGGCGGAGCAGCUCUUUGUGCAGGUCAUGGAGACUCGCAAGACGAAGCUCGGCGCCGACCAUCCUGACACGCUGACGAGUAUAGCCAAUCUGGCGUUGACGUAUAUGAACCAGGGCCGGUGGGAAGAGGCGGAGCAGCUCGAGGUGCAGGUCAUGGAGACUCGCAAGACGAAGCUCGGCGCCGACCAUCCUGACACGCUGACGAGUAUAGCCCAUCUGGCGUUGACGUAUAUGAACCAGGGCCGGUGGGAAGAGGCGGAGCAGCUCGAGGUACAGGUCAUGGAGACUCGCAAGACGAAGCUCGGCGCCGACCAUCCCUCGACGCUAACGAGUAUAGCCAAUCUGGCGUCGACGUUCUGGAACCAGGGCCGGUGGGAAGAGGCGGAGCCGCUCUUUGUGCAGGUCAUAGAGACAAGCAAGACAAAGCUCGGUGCCGACCAUCCCUCGACGCUGACGAGUAUGGCCAAUCUGGCGUCGACGUAUAGGAACCAGGGUCGGUGGGAAGAGGCGGAGCAGCUCGAGGUGCAGGUCAUGGAGACGAGCAAGACGAAGCUCGGCGCCGACCAUCCUGACACGCUGACGAGUAUAGCCAAUCUGGCGUCGACGUUCUGGAACCAGGGCCGGUGGGAAGAGGCGGAGCCGCUCUUUGUGCAGGUCAUGGAGACAAGCAAGACAAAGCUCGGUGCCGACCAUCCUGAGACGCUGACGAGUAUGGCCAAUCUGGCGUCGACGUAUAGGAUACAGGGCCGGUGGGAAGAGGCGGAGCAGCUCUUUGUGCAGGUCAUGGAGACUCGCAAGACGAAGCUCGGCGCCGACCAUCCUGACACGCUGACGAGUAUAGCCAAUCUGGCGUCGACGUUCUGGAACCAGGGCCGGUGGGAAGAGGCGGAGCAGCUUGAUGUACAGGUCAUGGAGACGAGCAAGACGAAGCUCGGCGCCGACCAUCCUGACACGCUGACGAGUAUGGCCAAUCUCGCUUAUACCCUUCGCUCAUCGGGUCAACGCAAAGCCGCUUUGCUGUUGAUGGGCGAAUGUGUUCCACUUUGCGACCGAAAACUAGGCCCUGACCAUCCACAUACUAUGUCCUUCAAGUCUACCCUAAAUGAAUGGCGUGGGAAGGGUGAGUCUUCAUCUUUCGAGCUUGUUAAAGCGCCGACUGAAACAGAAGAUGACCAAAUCCUAGCCAGUCCCACAGAAACCUCUGAGCCAGUUUCCAAACCUGACCGACAUGGUAGGCGCAACAUUUUCUCGCGCCUCUUCAGCAGAAAAUAG